AUGGUGGUGUUGGUGGUGGUGCUUGUAAAGGUGGUGAUCAUGGUGUUUGGGAUGGUGAUGGUGGAAAUGGUAAUGGUGGUGAUUGUGGAAGUUAUUUGUCAUGUUGUUGCUGAUUGUAAGGCUGGCUCUAGUGGUGGUGGUGUUGGUGAUGGUGAUGGUAAUGGAAUUGGUGGUGGCGAUGGUGGUAUUGAUGGAGAUAUAGGUGCUAAUGGUGGUGAUUGUAAUGGGGAUGGUGUAGGUAGUGAUGGUGGUGGUGAUGGUGGUGAUGGUGAUUGGAAUGGUGAUCGUGGUGAUGUGGGCGAUGACGACGAUGAUGGUGAUUGA